UGCUCGACACAUACUUCUUCAUCUCAUCUACAAAGCAACAUCACAAUCUACACCACACCUUCAGACUUUCAGAGGCAAACCGAAAUUUAGCCAGCCAAGAACAUAUCAGACUCAACCAUGACCCCUCCAAAGAAGCUUGCUCAGCUGGCCAAGAAGUUCCAGCGGAUGUUAGCAGCCAGAGCCAGUGCCCGCCGCCAGCAGCAUGCCUCAGACACGGCCGACGACGAAUGCUGCAGCACAUCGUCUUCUGUGGUUGCCGAUGAGGGCCACUGCGUGGUGUAUGCCGCCGAUGGAGAACGGUUCGAGGUCCCUUUGGCGUACCUCGGGACGACGGUCUUCGCCGAGCUCCUGAGGAUGUCUGAGGAGGAAUUUGGCUUCGCCAGCGGCAGCGAGGGAGGCCGUAUCACGCUGCCCUGCGAUGCCAUGGUGAUGGAGUACGUCUUGUGCCUGGUCAGGAGAGUGGCCUCUGAGGAGGUCGAGAGGGCGCUCUUGAGCUCCAUUGCUGGGCACUGCCACAGCUACAAUGCUAGCUGUACGGUGCCAUCAAUGGCACUCAGCCAUAAAUUUGCUCUUUGUACUUAGCUAAUAGCUUAGCUUCUGAAAUAUAUUUUUGGUUAGGACCGAGAGGAACCCUGUAGAUUCUGAUGUAAGAUUCGUUUAUCACAGGAAGUGAUACAAAAGAGACAAAUUUCCUGGAAAAAUGCAUCAUUUGACACAUCCUUUAACAUAGUUCAUAUUAAUGUAUAUCACUGAAGAAAUUAGAAGGAAA